AUGUUGCCGAACGAACCGCACACAAGCGACUAUAAACGGGUAUCCAAUCACGCCUCCGCUCGAUCACUCAAUACAACACCCACCCCAUCACAUCCAACCCCAGCGGUCCCUGCAUCACCAGAAGUGCGCAGCCAGAACCCAGAAGAGAGCGAUGGGGAAAUGUUGCCGAACGAACCGCACACAAGCGACUAUAAACGGGUAUCCAAUCACGCCUCCGCUCGAUCACUCAAUACAACACCCACCCCAUCACAUCCAACCCCAGCGGUCCCUGCAUCACCAGAAGUGCGCAGCCAGAACCCAGAAGAGAGCGAUGGGGAAAUCACUCACUACAAGAAUGACGUCCGUUACGGUGCUGCCCGAAAACCGGAGUCUGUCGGGCCAAUGGUGACACAGCAAUGUCAUACCCAAUUUGCGGGCGCACCCCAACUAUUCCCUCCCUACGCAUCCUCUCAAACGCUCGAUGCAUUGACUGUUCUACACAGGCCGCCUCGUGAUUCAGUUGGCACGAUAUUCGAGAUAUCGCAGUAUAUUUUCAUAAAGGAAACUACUCACAAGGUUGCUGAAAACUCCCCGACAGCCCACGGCCGGUUUCGCCCUUCUUGGAGCUCACCAGCUGCUCAGUCUGAUUGGGCGUCCAAGAAAUUGGUUUGGGUGCCUGAUGAACAGCAAGGUUUUGUCAUGGCGACGUUGUUGGAUACUGUCGGAGAAGAAUGCAAUGUUCAAAUUGUUGACAGUGGGAAGAAAUGUUCAUUUCAUCAUGAUCUUGUUCAACGGAUGAACCCUCCAAAGUUUGAGAAGGCCGAGGAUAUGGCUAACCUCACAUUCCUGAAUGAGGCGUCGGUGUUACACAACCUUAAGUCACGAUACUACUCUGGGAUGAUUUAUACCUAUUCCGGACUGUUUUGUGUGGUGAUCAACCCAUACAAACGCCUUCCGAUUUACAACGACGAGAUAAUUGAGUGGUAUAAAGGCAAAAGACGGCAUGAGCGACCCCCACAUAUUUAUGCCAUAGCCGAUGCGGCGUACAGGAACAUGUUACAAGGUAGCGUCUUUAUGAUGUUGUUCACGCAAUUGAUUUACAGAUCGCGAGGACCAGUCCAUAUUGUGCACGUAUGUUUCAUCGUUUCUUUUCACGCUGUUGUUAGUGGUGAGUCUGGUGCCGGAAAAACAGAAAACACGAAGAAAGUUAUUCAGUAUUUGGCUUCUGUGGCUACCUCUGCUAAAACCCAGAAAACGACGACUGCAAACGUGAUGUCCAAGUUGCAUUCUCAGGAUAUUAAUGUUGGUGAACUUGAAGCCCAGCUGCUGAAAGCCAAUCCCAUCCUUGAAGCUUUUGGAAACGCAAAGACCAUCAAAAACGAUAACUCUUCGCGCUUCGGAAAGUUCAUCCGAAUUAACUUCGAUACUUCAGGUUUCAUCGCCGGUGCCAACAUAGAAACAUAUUUACUAGAAAAGGCUCGUGUUAUUCGGCAAGCUCCAGACGAGCGAUGCUUCCACAUUUUCUAUCAACUACUGGCUACAGCCACAUCCGAAAUGAAAGAGAAACUUUUGUUGGACCAGGCAGGCGCGUACCGCUUCCUUUCAAAUGGCAUGCUUGAAAUCCCUGGUUCGGAUGAACACCAAGCCUAUCGUGAGACGUCGGAAGCCAUGGAUAUUAUGGGUAUUACCAAGGAGGACCAAAUGGCAAUUUUCCGAGUGAUUUCGGCGGUGCUUCACCUGGGAAAUCUGGAUUUCCGCCAAGAACGUAAUUCUGAUCAAGCCACCCUGCCAGAUCACUCAGUGGCACAGAAGGCAUGUCACCUGCUGGGCAUCCCUUUAGUCGACAUGACGAAGGCAUUCUUGAAGCCUCGAAUCAAGGUUGGCAAGGACCUUGUCUCCAAGGCACAAACGAAGGCGCAAGUAGAAUUUGCGGUGGAAGCCAUUUCAAAAUCGAUCUAUGAGCGGCUUUUCUUAUGGCUGGUUGAUAGGAUCAAUAAAACGCUAGAUCGAACCAAACGACCAGGUGCCUCGUUUGUUGGUAUACUGGAUAUUGCUGGGUUCGAGAUUUUCCAGACCAACUCCUUCGAACAAUUGUGCAUCAACUACACCAACGAGAAAUUACAACAACUGUUCAACCACACAAUGUUUGUUUUGGAACAAGACGAAUACAGUCGCGAAGGAAUCCCUUGGGAUUUUAUUGACUUCGGUCUCGAUUUGCAGCCCACAAUUGAUUUGAUUGAAAAGCCCUUAGGAAUUUUGGCUCUCCUGGACGAGGAAUGCUUCUUCCCCAAAGCCACAGACAAGUCGUUCGUGGAGAAACUUUUGAAAACUCAAGAAGCUCACCCGAAGAUAUGCAAGCCGGACUUCCGAUCUUCAGCGGAUUUCGGUGUCCUUCACUACGCCGGCCGAGUGGAUUACGUCUCUGCUCAGUGGCUCACCAAAAACAUGGACCCGUUGAAUGAUAACAUAGUUUCGUUGUUUUUGGCUUCCAGUGAUCCAUUGGUUCAGGACAUUUACAAAGAUGCAGAGAUAAUAAGCAUGUCAGCUACAGCAGCCAACGAUACGGCUUUUGGUACUGCUCGUGGUGUGCGCAAAGGUAUGUUACGUACGGUGGGCCAGUUGUACAAAGAGUCACUGGUUCGUCUGAUGGCUGUUUUGAAAAACACUUCGCCCAGUUUCGUUCGCUGUAUUAUUCCGAACCACGAAAAACGUCCUGGACGUAUUGAUCCCCCGUUAGUACUGGACCAACUCAAAUGCAACGGCGUUCUCGAGGGUAUUCGUAUAUGCAGACAAGGGUUCCCAUCCCGCGUUCUGUUCCAAGAAUUCCGGCAGCGUUAUGAGAUCUUGACACCGAAUAUAAUCCCUAAGAAUUCCAUUUAUAAGGUUGCUGAAAACUCUUGGAUUGCCCACGACCAGUUUGGCUCUUCCUGGGGCUCUUCAGGUGGGCAACCGUAUGAGUGGUGUUCCGUCAAAGAAGAUAUUUCUACUUAUUCUGCCUUUUUUAUAACUGCUCGAGAGCUACGCAUCCAACAUCAACAAGCCAUUACUGUUAUCCAGCGCAAUUGUGUAGCCUAUCUGAAGUUGCGAAACUGGCCGUGGUGGCGUCUCUUCACGAAAGUUCGACCACUACUUACAGUCACCCGACAAGAGGAAGUUGUUGCUGCAAAGGAGGAUGAACUUCGCAAGGUCCGUGAAGCACUUGAGAAAAUAACCAAUGACCUCGCUGAGUUGCAACGUUCUUACGAGAAGCUAACCAAAGAAAGGACUCAACUACAAGCCGAACUCGAACAGGAACACGAGUCAAAUCAAAAUAUUCAGGCGGAACGCCUCAGAUUGCUAGAAAGGAUCCAGAACCUGGAGGAUGAAUUCCUGGAAAUGGAAAAUAAGGGAGUGGACGAGAAGGUGAAACUUCAGAAUGCCGAUUUGGAAAUCAAACGACUAAAGGAGCAAGUUGCAGAUCUUUCUGACCAGUUGGAAGCUGAGGAACAGCAGCGGCAGAAACUCCAAGUUGAAAAGAGUUCUAUCGAGCAACGUAUGACGCAGGUUAACACAGAAAACGUUAAUUUAGAAGACAAAUACAAUAAACUAGUCAAGGAUAAGAAGGUGCUGACCGAUCGUGUUGCAGACCUGUCAAGCCAACUGGCCGAGGAAGAGGAACGUAGCAAGCAGUUGCUGAAACUAAAGGCCAAACAGGAAAGUUCAAUACAAGAUCUGGAAGAACGUUUGGCUCGUGAACAAAAGGCCAGGCAAGAUUUGGACAGAUCGAAACGACGACUUGAGUCCGAAGCCGCCGAACGGUCCGAUUUGACUGUCGAGCAACAGCGUAACUUAGAAGAACUCAAUGCUUUGGUCAGUAAACUAGAGGCUGAAUUGUCUCAACAGCAGUUGCGCUUGGACGAGGAGAUUGUGGCCAAGACCAUUGCAGCGAAAAAGAUCCGUGAGGAUGAAUCCCUUAUUCAAGAAUUAAAGGAAGAUCUCGAAUCCGAACGCAAGGCACGUGACAAGGCCGAAGAAGCCAAGCGAGAUUUGACUGAAGAAGUGGAGGCUAUGAGAUUGGAACUAAUUGAUAGCGGAUCGAAUACCGUGGCUCAAACAGAGGCCUUGCACAAAUACGAGGCUGAGGUAUCCAAUUUGCGCCGACAGCUGGAUGCUCAGAGCUCAGCACACGAAGCUGCAAUUGUGGAGUUACGCAAGAACCAUACUCUCUCGCUAGAUGCUGUGACAGAACAAUUGGAGCAAGCUAAAAAAGCCAAAGCAGCCCUCGAAAAAACUAAGUCGCAACAAGAUGCAUCAAUUGAAGAGCUCCAAAAACAAGUCCAAAGUCUUCAAAUGGGCAAAUCGGAUCUUGACAAGCGCCGCCGCCAAGGUGAACAGCAACUCAACGAGGUUCAAAUCCGCCUUCAAGACCUGGAAAUACAAAGAAAUGAUUUUGACAAUCGUUUGACAAAGGCACUUGCUGACCUGGAGGCCGCGAACAGCACAGUAGAGGAAUUAGAAGCAAAAUUGACCCGUGUUUCGCGUUCGGAGUCGGCUGCCGUGGCGGAGCUUAAUGAAGUACGAGUCCGGCUAGACGAUGAAACAAAGGCGAAACUGUCACUCCAGUCCCAAGUUAGACAAUUGGAAGAUGAGCGAGAGGGCGCCAAGGACGCUUUGGAAGCUGAAGAGCAAGUUAAAGCAGCCCUAGAGAAGCAUGUACACACACUGCAACAACAGAUGCAAGAUGCGAAAAAGAAAGUGGAAGAAGAUGUUCAUCAUAUGGAGCAGUUGGAAGAUGCUCGGAAAAAACUCAUCCGUGAAUUGGACGCAUCGAAUAAUCGAAAUGAAGAGUUGGUGGCUCAGGUUGAGAAACUAGAAAAAUCAAGAAAGAAACUUCAGGGCGAGCUUGAAGAUGCUAACCAUGCAAUGGCUAGUCAGCGCUCAGAUCAGGCCAACAAUGAGAGGAGAGUGAAGAAAUUAGAGGCUGCCAAUGCUGAGCUUACCGCCCAAUUGAACCAGCUUCAGGCAGAGAAGGAAGCAUUCGAUCGUGAGAUGCGUGACCGUGACACACGACUUCUGAUGCACCGAAACGAAAACGAAGAUCUCAAGGAACGGUUAGAAGAGGCUGAACGUCAACGCGGUAUGCUUGCCCGGGAACUGGAAGACCUUGGUUCUAACCGCGAUGAUGCGGGCAAAAGCAUGAUCGAGCUGCAACAAGCCAAUUAUCAACUAGAUCAGCAACUCAGAGAAGCGAGACAACAACUAGAAGAGCUUGAAGAUGAGGUGUCUACCGUAAUUAUGGAGAAACAGCGCACCGAGGUCCAACUGAACGCUUUGAAAACGCAACUGGAACGCGAUUUAGCGUCUCGCGAUGAAUUGCUAGAAGAACAACGACGGCAAACCUUGAAGCAGCUACGCGAUCUUGAGGCUGAAUUGGAGGAUGAAAGAAAGCAGCGCGGAAGUCAUCUAGAGGUACGCAAAAAGCUGGAGAGCGACCUUGCCGAAGCAACUCAGCGUCUUGAGUUGGCCAGUCGUCAGAAGGAUGAGGCUUUGAAACAGUUGAAGAAGUUCCAGAGUGUCGGCGGGAGUAUGCAACGUGAUAUGGAAGAGGCCAUACGUUCACGGGACCAGGCUUUGGAGUCACUACGAGAUAUUGAAAAGAAGUGGCGGACCGCUGAGGCAGAACGGAAUCAUUUCCAAGAAGAUUUACAAGCAUCAGAACGAACGUGUCGCGCCAUUCGUUCGGAAUUAGAUGAAGCUUUGGAGGAACUGGCGUCCACUACAUCAGCGAAGAACGCUGCUGUGGAAGAGAAGAAGCGGUUGGAGGCUCGUAUUGUGAGUUUUGAGGAUCAACUGGAAGAAGCCCAGAAUGGUAUGGAUGCUGCCGAAGAACGUUUCAAACGUUCCCUCGCCCAGUUGGAGCAGUUGCAAACGGAUCUAAGCACUGAACGCAACAACGCGAUGAGGGCCGACUCCCAACGCGUAUCCCUUGAGAAACAGGUGAAAGAAUUGCGAGACCGUUUGGCUGAGGCAGAGAAAGAUAGUGGUCGCCGAAGUAAAGCUCAGAUCGCCACGCUCGAGGCGCGGAUAGCGGCAUUCGAUGAGCAACUGGAAACUGAGAAAAGCGAGAAAAUGGCCGCUACCAAGAGCUGUAGGCGUUUGGAGAAACGUAUCAAGGAAAUGGCUCUUCAGAUCGAAGAAGAGAAAAGGAGCAGUCAACUGUCCAAAGAUUCUUAUGAAAAAGCACAGAAUUCACUGAAGCGAAUUAAACGCGAAAUUGAGACGCUUGAAGAAGAGAAUGCCCAGUUGAAGACUCAGCGCCGCCGUCUCCAACGCGACUUAGAAGAGGCAGCAGAAGCUAGAAGGAUAGCAGAGCGCGACCUUCAAAACCUACGCAAACUGCACCGCGCUGGCCCGCGGAUAUCGCGACAGCCUCCAACAAUUUUGUCCGUACGCCCGGGAGACGAUGGGCUGGGUGACGAUAAUCACUCCAUUGGAGAUACGGAUUCACUUGGUAGCACCGAUAUAUUGUCCACGGCAACCACGAACAACUCACACUACACAACUGACGAUUCAGUUAUGAAGUAAAAACAAAAAUUUAAAGUAUAAGUGCCUUGUUUUUGACUCGGUAACACAUGCUCAAGCUCCUGCUGUCGUGCACCAGUAUCUAUGGCAUAGCAUAAUCGCAUGCGCCGAUCAGCCCUUCCAGUUUUGCUUCACUCGCCCAUACACUGUCGCCCCUGCAGAGAGACCAUGGUGGAUAACCAGCUCAAGGUGUCGCUCUAAUAACGCAAUUCAACUCUGAUUCAUUCCGGCACCUUGAUGAUGAUAGGCAUCAAAGUGCCACCGUUCCGGUUUUUUUCUACGUGGAUCCCACUUUUCUAGUAUGGUUGCCACGCUUUUUUCUAAACAUGAAACGAACUUUUACCUUCAAGUCCACCCCUCUUUCAUUUCCCCUCUUGUGAGAUGGUCACCACCCCAUAUCUUCACGUUUUCCAGAUUAGGCUCGCCUUACGUGAGAUAUACUACAGCUGCUGAUGUACUUUCUUUUUUUACGGACCACUUGGUCAGCUCUGUCCUCAAGUCGACUCCACUGACUUUAUUCGAAACUUUUCAUUCACAUGUACAUCCGCUCCGCUCUGAAUCUCCCCUUGUCAAACAGUUCAUUAGGUUCCCUCAAAUACCUACAUUUUCUAGCACAGCCUACGCGUUGUGCUGACGCACUCAAGUGUUUCUUUUCACUAUGCCGCAUAGUUUUAUCCGUAUUCUCCCAUUCCGAUCGCGUCUUCUUACCUGACAAGGAAAAUACUGAGUUCGUUCUACUAUUUGUUAUUGCUGUUGAUUUGCUGUUCUCACUCCCUUUGCUCUCUCAAUUCCGUUGCCCAGGACUACUAGGAGUGGCUUUGCUGUCAUUGCUACAACAUUUCGCGCCACAUCCUCCAGAAAUUUCCAAACGGUAUCAUCAGAGCGCACUUGUGAAGCCUUGAGUCAUUUGCUUCAAACUGAUUCUGUCCAGUAAACUAUACGGAUUUAAUGAUCCAUUAUUGACUUAUUCGGUUUGGGAAAGCAAAAUAGAUGAUAGAGCUAAUUUUGCCCGUUCACAUUGUGUAACUUGUAUGCACUCGUUUACUA